UACAUUCUCCAUUUCUAAUUUUGUAUCGAUUCUGUAGGAAUUAUAGCAUUUCCUGUCUGUUUCUCCCUUUUAGAAAUUACUCCUUUUCUUUUUAUACCGCUGUGGUAUAAGUUGCCUAUCUAACAGACGUUAACUAUCACCUCUGUCGAUUCAAAAAUAUAUUGUUUCAAAUAUCUACGUAUUCUUCGAUAUAUUUAGUUUCUUAUCACCUUGAAAUCUUUUAUACUCGUUAUCUAAAGUAUAUAGAAUAUAUGUAAUAUAGAUUCGCUGAUUGAAUUGUACUUAUGUGACGUCACGGGUUUUUCCAAUCUGUUAAAAUUUAAACUACUCCAAAAUUCAAUUCAGUACAUUCUUGCAAUGGCUAAGAUUAAAAUCAUCCUGUUAUUUUCUCUUUGUUAUGCUUCAACAUCGUUGGGUUAUUUCAUACAAUCUGAAACAAAUUUAAUCGUUUCAACUCCUUUGGGGCAACUUAGAGGAACCACAUUAACAAGUAGGAAAGGGGCAAAGAUUCUUUCUUUUCUCGGGGUUCGAUAUGCUGAGGCACCAAUUGGAAAUUUAAGAUUUCAGCCUCCAGUUCCUGUAAAACCUUGGAAUGAAAUUUACGAUGCCACAGAAAAUCCUCCUCUUUGUCCACAAUCUUUCGUUGAUUCAACUAAAGAGGAUUGUUUAUUUCUUAAUGUUUAUACGCGAAGCUUAGAAAAUGAGAAAAAGCCGGUUAUGGUUUUUUUCCACCCUGGUGGUUUUUACGAAGGAAUUUCGUCGAGCGAAUUCUUUGGUCCUCAUUAUCUUUUAGAUCAAGAUAUAGUUUUGGUUGUUCCAAAUUAUCGCCUUCAAACCCUCGGUUUUUUAGCAACGGGUAGUAAAGAGGCCCCAGGAAAUAACGGACUUAAAGAUCAAGUUCAAGUUCUUCGUUGGGUUCAACAAAAUAUUGCUUCAUUUUCUGGUGAUCCCAAUAAUGUAACAAUUUGUGGUUAUAGUGCUGGGGGAAUGAGCGUAACUCUUCAUAUGGUCUCACCGAUGUCGAGGGGAUUAUUUCAUAAAGCUAUUUCAAUGAGUGGAACUGCUUUUGGGGUACAACCAAUUAUUUCCGAUCAAUUAAGAUUGGCUAAAAAACAAGCCCAAUUAGUUAAUUGUCCCGAAGAAGUUGACAAUGGCCUUAUUGAUUGUCUAAAAUCGAAAACUUCGGAGGAAUUAUCGAAUAAUUUGGAAGGAUAUCAAGAGUUUCUUUAUGAUCCAAUUUGGUUAUGGAUGCCGGUUAUUGAACCUGAUUUUGGGCAGGAACGAUUUUUGGUCGAACAUCCAAUAAAGUCCGUUGUUAAUAAAAGAGUCGCCGAUGUUCCCCUUUUAAUCGGGGUUACUAAAGAUGAAUUUGGUGGAAGAUCUUAUUUUGUAGUGAAUAAUCAAACCGCUUUGAAAGAAUUUGAUGAAAACUACAAAACAAUUUGGCCGAUUAUUUUUGGGUACGAAAGAGAUUCGCAAUUUUCUUUAAACGUCUCCGAAGGAUUACGGAAAUUUUAUUUCCCCGGUAACGAAAUUGAUGAAUCGAAACGGCAAGGAAUCGCCGAUUUAUACGCCGAUAGCAUAAUCGGUUUUGGGAGUAAUCGCGGUGCAAAACUUUUAACGCAACACCUCAACAGCAAAGUUUAUUAUUACCAGUUUAGUUAUGAAGGAGAACAUUCUUUCUUUUAUAUCCCCGGAACCAACGACACCAUUCCUUAUGGUGCAUCACACCACGAUGAUUUAUUCUAUCUUUUUUAUAUCUCACUUCGAACUCCGAUGUUUACCGAAGAACCCGAGAGUAAAAUCGUUGAUAAUCUAACAACGAUUUGGGGUAAUUUCAUUAAAACUGGUAAUCCCAAUGCAGAAUUGUAUAAUUGGCCGGAAUAUGAUUUGAUCAAUCAACAAUAUUUAGAUAUUAACAUUAAUUUGAAAACUUCGUCUUUUAUGUUUGAGGAACGUUAUGAAUCAGAAGAUGUUAUUACCAAGGUCACUGCCCGGAUAACCAAACGAAUGGGACUUAAAUAAAGGAGGGUGGAAUGCGUUUUGCUGCCAUGGAAAUCGAACAAGAUAAAACUACAGGGAAUUACGAGGCGGAAUUUACGCACGGAUGUCUCCCCGAUGAGGAAGGCGGUCUUAUGCAGAAUGGCUUGGGAAACAUUUAUGAUCAUCGUAGUGUUACUUUCAUUACUUUAUUAUCCAUUUUUGGUCUACUUCGAUGAGGACUUAUUUACAAUAACAACAAUAAUUCACGGUUUCUUCAUCACCUUUUUUACCAUCGACAUCGGAAUUAACUUCAAUACGGGUUACUUUUGCGCGGCGAAUAACAAAGUGAUUCUUAAUCGCAAAGAAGUAGCAAAGAACUAUUUGAAAUCUUGGUUUCUUUUCGAUGUGAUUUGUUUAGUUAAUCUUCAUGGAUUAAUAAUCGUCACGAUGACGGUGAUACUAAAUUAUUUGAAAAUAUUAAGAAUCAGCAUGAUAGUCAGAUAUCUUCAAGGAUUUACGGAAUGCACCCAAAUCACUUUUUACCGCUUCCAUUUUUUAAAAUUAAUCGUUAUUACUUUAAUAAUAAUUUGGUGGGCGACUAGUUUGUUAUAUUUUCUCGUUACUGUGUACGAUGAGAAAUGGAUGAGAGAUACCACAAAACCCGGAAAAGUGAUUACGUGUUUUUACCGAGUUUCUUAUUUAGUUUUUAUGGUUGGAUUCGGUAACGAAUACUCGCAAAGCAACGGCGUUAUUAUUUUCGAGAUAAUUUGUUGGAUCGCCGGGAGUAUAUUAAAAAUAUUCUCUUUCGCCGAAGUUUUACAACUCGUUACUAAAUACAGCUCGAGUAGGAAUUUGUAUCAAAACAGAAUUCAACGAUUGAAGCGAAUGAUGAGAACGAAACGUCUCCCUCAAGCUAUUAGAUUGCGCAUUCUUCAAUACUUUGAUUUCCGAUAUCAAAAAAAUUAUUUCCAAGAAGACGAGAUUUUGGACUGUUUAUCGUUUCAACUUAAAGACGAAGUUUUAGGACACGGCUGUAGGCAAUUAAUCGAUAAAACGGGAAUUUUUAAUCAUUUACCGUCUUAUGUGACCGAAAAUUUUGUUUUAAAAAUGCGGCAGAUUAUUUAUUUAAAAGAUGAUGUUAUUGUUCGUGCUGGAGAUGAUGGGGGGAGUAUGUUUUUUGUGCACGACGGCGCGGUUGCUAUUUAUACGAAAGAUAACGAAGAGAUUUGUCAUGUCGGGGAUGGGGAAUGUUUUGGGGAAAGAGCGAUGAUACUGAAGAAUAGUAAAAGACUCGCUACGGUUAUUGCUGUUGAUGCUUGCGAAAUUUAUAUUUUGGAGAAUAAAGAUUUCGAAAAUUCGCUUUCUUCGUCGCCUGGUUUGCUCGAUGAUUGUAGAAAGAAGGUCGAAGAGAAAUUUAAUAAAUUCGCCCACAUAUAUAGUAACAAAAUAUACACUUUGUAGUUAU